AUGCAACUUAGGGCUAUUAUCUUUGGUUUGCUUCUACUCGAAGCUGCUGCAAUUCCUCAAGGCAGCUCAUCAGCUAGGGGGUCUAGCUCAGCACCUUGCAGCGGCUCUGACUCCUCCUGCUCGGCGAUUCAGUCUUCUACUAAGACGCCGAGUCCUAUUUCAACUCCAUAUUCCUCUUCAGUUGAGUCGACAAGCUCUGCUGGGCCAUCUGCCACUUUCAGCCCAAGCUCUGCGAGUCCCGGGUCAUCCACUACAAGUGUGUCGAGUGUUUCUGGCUCUUCUCAUAAGCCGGAGACGUCGACUCCAAUUACCCCCACUGGAAGUUCUACCAUCACGCCUUCUAGUACCCCAACGCCUAAACCAUCCAAUGGGUCCUCUGCCGGAGGAUCAUCGUCAGCGAGCUUGAGUCCUGGUUCAUCCGCACCGAGAGGCCCCACGCCAGGGACGUCUACGCCAGGGACGUCUACGCCAGGGACGUCUACGCCAGGGACGUCUACGCCAGGGACGUCUACGCCAGGGACGUCUACGCCAGGGACGUCUACGCCAGGGACGUCUACCCCUGCUUCUUCUUCUCCCGGAACAUCUACACCUGGAUCCUCUACACCUGGAUCCUCUACACCUGGAUCCUCUACACCUGGAUCCUCUACACCUGGAUCCUCUACACCUGGAUCCUCUACACCUGGAUCCUCUACACCUGGAUCCUCUACACCUGGAUCCUCUACACCUGGAUCCUCUACACCUGGAUCCUCUACACCUGGGUCUUCCUCUCCCGAAGGAUCUGCUACUUCUACUCCGGGUGAUGCUAGUUCUACAACUCCUCCGGGAAGUAGCGGGUCAUCAGACUCCACCACCCUCCCUAUUAUUACUAUCACAUCGCUCUCUACGUCUUCAGUGAGUACAGUGACUGGUGUCACCAAGAACACCCUCAUCGAGACAACGGACAAAGAUGGCCACCAUACUAAAGUCGCCUUCUUUUGGCAUUGUUGGUUCUGUGGUGGAGGCGGACUCUUUGCUUGGGGCAUUGGUAAGUGA